UGCCAUUGUCGUUAUCACCAACAUAGCCAGUUUGGGCUCUCAGUUUUUUGAGUAUGCGCUUUCCACGUGAAGCAACUAAUGCCUGCUGGUUCUGGGCGCCUUGGUAAAGGUGUCUCCCGCAAUUUUCAGCCGAAUAUGUUGGGCCAGCACACGAUCCCGUCACUCGUGGCGCCGCAGGGAGAGCCCGACCAAGACCCAUUGAACCAUGCCGUCGAAUGUGAAGUCCAGCAGCAGGGCGCCCACCCCUUCGGAGCGCAUCCAGACCGCUACGACAACCUCGUCCCCAUCAGCAAGAGCAACUUCUACUUGGGCGCCAGCACCUUCCACAAGAACUGCCUCCCUGUGAAGUUCCGCAGGACCCUUCUCGAGGCGAUGGCCUCAAACCUCUUCCCAAUGCAUCGCUCGUGCGAGACCCCGGAGAUCGUCAUCGACGCCCUGCUCUUCAUCGGCACGAGGUUGACGCCUCACUUCAAGAUCAAGAACUUCGGCAAUGACCUCAACAAAGGCCUCGUCCGCUCAAAGCUCCACGCGCAGUCCAAGCUCGUCCUCCAGCACGAUGUGGAGCGCAAGAGCGCGUUGAUGGGGCGCCUCGUGAUGUUCACGGCGAUCAGCAAGGCGCUGGACCUCGGCUACCCCGAGUGCUACGGCGACGUCGCGCCACCGCUGCCGCCUCCAGCUCAGCCGCCACCGGUGGCAGCUGCUGAAGAUGAUGCUCCCGAGAGAAUCAGUGAUGAUGACGGCUCUGACUGAGCGGCCAGCUGCGCCCGCCUGUUUUGAGGCGCCACUUGCGCCUGUUGCCCUUCGGUGCUUUCUCGUGGGUCGGGCAGGCGUGGAUCAGGG